GGCGUCCUUGUACCCAAGUUUCGAGGUCGUGGCGCCCUUGGGUAUAAAAAGAAGUGGAAGGCACUCCAUGAGCAUCACUUGACACAACGUCUUCUGCCACAUCGCACCCUCCUCUCCCGGGCCUUUCAUCCAAGAUGAAGUUUGUAGUACUGCUGGCGCUAGUUGGAUUGGCGAGCUGCCGUACUACGCUAAUUGGAGGGGACCGGGCGACUGAUGUCACUCUGAAGUACAGCUUCCUCGACGAAUUUGGUCGCGAAGUGGACGUGAGGUUGGAAGCCGACAGGCUCGGGCUGGGCCUUCUGAAUGCUGCCCCUGCCCCUACCCUGAAGGCUGCCCCUGCUCCUGCCCCUGCACCAGCCCCGGCCCCAGCAGCAGCAGCACCUGCCCCUGUGCAAUACGUCCAACCGCUCUUGGCUUCACCAGUUCCAGCAGUUCCCCAGUUCGUCCAGGUGGCAGCAGCAGCUCCGGCGCCCGUCGUCGUCACCCGCGUCGUCGAGGUCCCUGUCACUAAAUACGUCAACGUCCCUGCCCCUGCCCCUGCUGCUCCCAAGGUCGUGACCAGAUACGUCAAGGUAGACGAUGACGACGACGACGAUGAUAUCAAGAUCCUCCGAGCUGUGCCAGCAGCCCCUGCACCAACUCCCGUCGUAAAGGCUGUCCCUAUCGUCAGGGCCGUCCCUGCCGCACCAGCCCCUAUUGUCAGGGCCGCCCCUGCUGCACCAGCACCUGCCCCUGCAGUGAAAAUCUCCCGUAGGGUGGAUGAUGAUGACAGCCACGAGAGGAAGUAGAGAGAGAGAAAAGUCGAUUCCAGAACCUCGUCUAUUAUUUUUCAUCUCAAAAUUUAUCACCGUCGCAGUCAUAUUCAGAGUGUAAUAGAUAUAUUUAGAGAGUA